AUGUUUGGAGGAGGAGGAGGCUUUGGACAGAUUGGACAGACUUCCUUUGGAGCUGCUCAACCUCAACAGCAAAAUCUGUUUGGUCAACCUCAACAGCAGCAGCAGCCUGCUCAGACUGGAUUCGGGUUUGGAGCUGCUCAGCCCGCAUUCGGUGCCGUAUCUGCCGCCCCAUCUGCAUUUGGUCAGCCUCAACAGCAAGCUGCUCCAUUUGGCACUGCUCAACCUACCAAUGCAUUUGGAGGGUUUGGUCAACCGCAGCAACAACAACAGCAACUUAAACCAUUCGGCGCAGGUGCGUCUCUAUUCGGUGGCUCCACUUCUCAAGCUCCCUCUGCUUUUGGAGGCGGAAACAUAUUUUCGCAACCAACCGGUGGAUUCGGCCAACCGCAACAACAGCAGCCUGCUGCAACUGCCAAUUUAUUUGGAGCCAAACCUGGUGGUGUAUUUGGAGGAGGAGCUUCCAGUAGUCAAUCAGCAUUUGGUGCUCCCUCUGGAGGUCUCACCUUUGGCUCUCAGCAACCGACUGCAACGGCCUUUGGUACUCCUGCUCCUGCAUUCGGUACCGCGCAACAACAACCUAUGGGUGGUAUGGGAGGUGCAAUGGGUGGAAUAAGUCAAGGAACCGGUAAUCCCCCAUUCACUGCUACCCACGACCGUGAUGCAUCAGCUCCAUCCGCUCCAAUGAAUAUAUUCCAAACUAUAACUGCCAUGCCCGCAUAUCGUAAUUCGUCAGUAGAAGAACUCAGACUACAGGAUUAUCAAAUGAAUAAAAAGUUUGGUGGACAGCAAGGCUUUGGUGCUGCUCCUGCAUUUGGAGCACCCACCAGUCAAGCUGCUCCUGCUUUUGGUGCACCGAGUGCCGCGUUUGGUGUGCAACAGACGCCUGCUGGUGGCGGGCUCUUUGGAUCAGCUGCACCAACUCAACCAAAUAUGUUUGGUCAAACGCAACAACAGCCAGCAUUCGGUGGCGCUUUUGGCCAACAGCCAGCUACUAGUCAACCAGGUGGCUUCUUUGGUGGUGGUGGUGGUGCUGGAACUGUAACGGCAUUCGGAGGUUCAUCACAAGCACCAGCUGCUGGUGGAUUUGGAUUUGGUAGUGCUCAGCAACCACAGCAGCAACAACAAAAUGCAUUCGGUGGUGGUGCAUUUGGUAUAAAAACAACAGCCGCCCCUGCCUUUGGUGGUGCCUUUGGGCAACCAGCCACUAGUCAACCUGCAUUUGGAUUCGGCGGUAGUGCAGCUCAACCAGCCUUCUCUCAAGCACCAGCCACAAAUCUGUUUGGAGCUCCUACUCCAGCAACAGGAGCAUUUGGAGCCCCAGCAGCUACCAGUGGUGGAUUAUUUGGUCAACAAAAACCCGGUGGAUUAUUUGGCCAACCAGCUGCUUCUACAGGCGGUGCCUUCGGUAGUACUCCAGCUCAAGCUCCUAGUUUAUUCGGUCAACCAGCUGCUGCUGGUGGUAUGUUUGGUAGACCUGCUACUUCAUUUGGUGCACCAAAUGCUACACCUGCAUUUGGUGGUGUUAGUGCUGCUCCAACUGGUGGUCUCUUUGGAACCUCAGCUGCCGCUCCUACUGCUGGAUUUGGUGGUCAACAAGGAAUGUUUGGUGCCGCUUCUCAAGCUCCUGCUACUGGGGCAUUUGGAGCACCAGCUCCGAAUGCAUUCGGUACAGGUGCGCUUGGAGGCUCUCUCUUUGGUCAGAAACCCGCAACUGCACCAUUUGGUGGACUAUCACAGGCACCCACAUCCACCUUCCCAGCCUUUGGCACUGGUCAAUUCGGUACACAGCAACAACAGCCAUUCUCACUGGGUCCUCCAGCAGCAGGUCAAUCCUUGUUUGGAGCCCCGACUGCUGGAGCAUCAACAGGUGGUCUAUUUGGUGGGCAGCAACAACCAUAUGGAGGCCAACUCGCUGCCAGUCAACAACUCCAACAAGCGUUAUAUGCCACGCAAGAUCAGCUCCCUUGGGGAAGUAAUCCUGUAUUUGAUAAAAGUAGAGAAGAAGUAGAAAAAGGUGCAAGAACUGAAGGUCUAACUAUAUUACCACCUCCUCAUGAAGUACCACAAAAGUCAGCCUUGCUACCAUAUAUAAAACUAAACCCUCGUGGGUCUGUACCAGCCAGACUUCGAGCAUAUUCACCCGCAACAUCUCGCGUAUUGACCACAUCUCCAGGCUCCAGUAUAUUUGACGGAACGGCCAAGGAUGAUAUCAUUCUCGGUCUAGAUAAACGAUAUACUCCACGUCGAAACCUGAAAAAGCUGGUGGUGACAUCCGAUACUGAUGUAUCUAGUCCCACAGUCGGUCCCGAUAGUAUGCGCAAGAGAGGAAGUGUCACGUUUGACGAGAAUUUGGAGAAAGUUGCCUCAGAAAGAGGACAAGGUCGUCUUUUUGUCGAUGUACUCGAUUCACUUAAUGGCAACGCAGGUGGUACUGCAGUAUCAACUCCAAUAUCAAAAGUCAAAGCACCAGAAACCACUCCCAAUGGUAAUUCAUCAACACCAGGCUCUGUAGCUGGCAGUACACCUCGUAGUAACAAUGGAAGUACACCUGGUAGUACGAGCUCAUCGGAGUCUCCCGAAAGAAGAGUACCUAGAGCCGAUGAAUAUAUAAUGAGUCCCUCCGUACCAACUCUACUUUCCAUGACUGAUGCUCAACUCAAGUCGGUACAUGGCUUUACUAUAACUCAUCCAAAAUAUGGCAGGAUACGUUUCCUCAAACCCGUCAACCUUCUUGAAGCUUCAACAACAGGCACUCGAGAGGGCAUCCGUCAUAUUCCAUCGAAUAUAGUUGUCAUCACUCAUAAGAAUGUAACUGUAUAUCCCGACGAUACUAAAAAACCGCCAGUGGGUCAUGGUCUCAAUGUCGAAGCUGAAAUUGAAUUGGAAGACUGCUUCCCUCUAGAUAAACACACCAAGCAACCCGUCACUGACGAAUUUGAUCCACGGUACCUCAGGCACAUAAAGAAACUCAAAGCCAUGCCAAACACGAAGUUUGGUGGACUCCAUCGAGAAAAAGGUUCUUGGCUAUUCACCGUAGAGCAUUUUAGCAGAUAUGGCCUUGAUGAUGAUACAGAUGAUGAAGGUGCCACUAAUACUAGCACUUCUGAAGUACUGACUGAUGCCGAAGACCUUGAGGAUGCUGAAGAAGAGGGAGAGGAAGAAGGAGAAGAAUCAUCCUCGUAUGAUGAAUUGGAGGAAGAGGAAGAGAGUGGUGAAGAAUAUGAAGUCGUUGAUGAACAGGAAGAAGGCUCUGGUGAUGCGGAAGAUAACGACGAAGUGGACAAUGUAGCAGACUCUGAAGAAGGUGAUGAGGACGAAUCUAUGGAGCCAGAUUCAUUUAUGCAUGUAGCUCGUCGGACACCCCAAGUUCGAGUACCGGAUUUACGCACCACAGUUGCCAAGCCCAAACAAUCCCAACAGCCUAUAACACAAGGGUCAUCAUCCGAUGAAUAUAAUACAACCCAACGACCCACACCACUUCCAUAUCGACUUGUACCGAACGUGCCCGCAGCAGCUACACUAGCUAGUAUUGGAAUGUCAGCAAACAUCCGUGAACUACAAGCAACCUCAUCGUUACGCCUUCAACGACCUGAAAAAAAGUUACGUUCCUCGCCACCACGAUCUAUAGCAUCACAACAACAACGGGAUAUUGUAGAAAUGGAAGCAUCGUCAUUAUCAUCGGAUGCGAUGGUACCGGAACUCUCAUUAUACAUGGAUUUAGCUCUAGAUGGUGGUGUAAACAAGUAUCGACGUAUUGGUACAGUUGGUGGUAUUCCAUUACGUAAAAGUAUUGUAUAUGGAAAAGAUCAUUUACUCGUUGAUGCUGGACUGAGCAUGGGACGAAGCUUUCGAGUUGGAUGGGGUGUAGGAGGCACUAUAGUUGUGUUGGCUGGAAAUAAAGCACCUGGAAGUUCUCCUGAUCGACCUGGCUCGUCAUCUACUAUUUCGAUCAGAAGGAUCAAGAUAUUUGGUGAAGAGACACCUGACAUCUUGACUGUCGAACGUAAACGACACGAAAAGACCUUAUCUGCCAUGCUGGAUUGUACAGAAAUAAUACCCACCAUUGCUGGCAGUCGAGAGUUUGAAGAAGAAGAUACACAAAACGAUCCAGACUCGUCGUUUUUCGAUGACGAUAUCGACCAUGACGAUUCAUCUAUACAUAAUCAUCAAACCACAUCACCAACUCCUCGAGCUCAAGUGAAUGAGAACUUGGACUUUGAUACGCUUCAUGACGCAUGUCUUGCUGCUCAACUCGCCCUGCCACCAAUAGAAACAGACAAGCAAUCACCGAUUGGAAUAAGGAAUCUAUUCAAGGAUGAAAUGAGAAUAUGGGAGCUUGCCUCUGCGCUCUGGGACGAUGUGGCUGUAGAACGUAUUCAUGAAGCCACUGCCAAUAACGCUGGAACGCCAUUGACUGAUGAACAGGUCGCUUCUGUCGAGUCUGGUAUACGUAAAGAUAGAGUAUCGGCUUGGUUGCGAGCAGCAAUCAAGGAUGAUUCCACUCCGCAAGCUACAGCUGAAGGUGCCAAAGGUGUCUUCCAAUUGCUAGUCUCUCGAGAUGUUGCACAAGCUGUAGAAACGUGUUUGUCUCGUCGUGAUUUCCGAUUGGCCUCUAUAAUAGCUCAAUUAGGUGGUGCCGGUGCACGUGUAGCAGUCUCGUCAUCAUCGAAUAAUAUAAUCUUGCCUCCUUCGUCAGGUCAUAAAGCACCUGGUCGUGGAGGAACCGAUGAUGCACUACGAGAAAAUGUCAUGGAUCAAGUCGAAAUAAUGUCACAACAUGCUGCCAAAAUUGAUCCCGAGAUAUUAGAUGUGUGGUUACUCGUAGGUGGAGAUAUGGAUAAAUGGAACGCCAAGUUCUUCUCGAAAUGCGUAAACUGGAAGACCACUUUUGGUUUAUUUAUGUGGUAUGCUGAUGGCGGAUGGUCAAGAGUUGAAGAAGCUGUUGCUACAUAUGAUCUGAUGUUGGAUACAGCUACAAAGAGUUUUGCUAGUCAAGCAUUAGCAUCACCCAUUCCAGCUUAUGUGGAACGUGGUUUUACCAAGUCUGGUAGUAAAAAAGAUUUGAUAAGCUUGGCGUGGCUCUUAUUACGACUUCAUUCUGAUUCCAACUUGAUGUUGGAUGAUGUUUUGUCGCCGUAUGGUCUAGCUCCACGGCCACUCGACCUACGAGUCUCAUUCAUGUUAUCCAUUGUAUUAUUGUAUGCCAAAGCAGCACGAGAUGCUAAAAAUGGUAUAUCUCAGGAGUCUGAUAAUUAUCGAGAUUUCAGCUUUUCGGAUGAUCCAUUAUUCGAAGAUGUUGAAAACACUAAUAAUAACAAGACCUAUUUGGUACGAGAUCCAAUCAUGGAUGUGGUUACCGUCACCCACAAUAAUAAUAAUAGUGGUGGAUCUCGUAAAUUUGAUGAACUCGUCACUUCCCUAUCAUUUGCCCUUGAAUCCUUGGGAUUAUGGCAAUGGAGCAUCUAUGUCACACUCUUUUCAUCGUAUCGAGAAGCUCGAGAAGCUCGCAUUCGAUACCUCUUGCAAGCAUAUUAUCCAGUUUAUGAUGUUACUCAUAGUUGUUGGGGUGUUGUCAAGAAGGGUAUUAUUGCUGGUGCUACUGAUAGACAUAGUGUUGAAGGUGAUGCAAUGGAAGUUGAUGCUGAUGUUGCUGCUGGUGGUCUUGGUGGAAUGGUUGGCGCCAAUGAUAUCAAUACUGGUAAUCGUGACAACACUAGUGAUGAAGAUGAGGAGACUUGGAAGUUUGUUGUGGAACGACUCAAAGUUCCUGCCAAGUGGGUUCAUGAAGCUAAGGCUUUACGAGCUCGAUAUCAAGGAGAGAAAUUGAGAGAAGCCAUUUAUUUGAUUGAUGCUCAACAUUACUCUUUGGCACACAAGCUUAUUAUAGUUGAUAUUGCUCCAGAUUUUAUGCUCGAAGGUGACCACAUUCGUCUACGAGCACUACUAUCCCGAAUACCCGAUCACGUUGAAUAUUGGGCACGUGGAGGCAGUCUCCUCCUUCAAUACUUGGACGGUCUGGAAACUCUACCCAAUCUCCUCAAUCGAGCCAUACAACUAAUCAAAAGCAUGAAGUCCAAACCCACGACCACCGCUCCCACCGCCAUAAUAGAAAACGAGCACUUCAUGAUUUCUCAUCGACGAGCACGACAAGAAGUAGAAGAUUGGCACCCAAAGUUGACUCGAAUGUUGAACGAGUUACGAGCACUUGCUUCGUCUGGAUUAUUAGGAGCUGGGUUGAAUUGGGUUGAUUGUGUAGGCCUUGCACCUGAACGCAAUGAGAGCGUGUUGAAUGGACGAUUGUGUGUUGCAAAGAUUGCUAGUAAGGUGGUUGAAUGGGCUGAAAUGAUGGAGGUUGUUCUCAAUAAAAAGAUCUUGUCAUCUCAAGUCAUGUCUUCUCUACCUUUGUCUGAAGAUCAACGUUUAUUGCAUGUCUUGCAUUUGAGCACAGACUGGUACUCGGGAAACCUGCCGUGA